UUGACAGUGUAAAAAUAAAAUUAGCCUAAACCUAAAAUCAAAUUUUUAAAAAAAUUAAAGAAAAAUAUUACGAGGAAUAAACGUCGCUCUUUCUCUCUCUCUCUCUCUCUCUCUCAACCUGGUUCGGGAAAGGGAAAAAGGAAUUAAACAGACGACGAAACGAGGGUUUUUAAGAGAGCGAGAUAAAAAAAAAUUAAAAUUAAAAUUAAGUAAAUAAAAUCCCAAAAAAGGAAAAAAAAAAAAAAGAUUUCCACGGGGAGGGAAAGCUCAAAGCAAAGGGUCGAAAACUUUCAGAUAGAUUUUCUUUUUUCUUUUUUAGGGAGAAAAAGGUGUGGUGUCGUCUCUCUAUUGGAGCUCAGCUUCAGAGCUAGGGUUUCGUUUUUCUUUGCCUUUUUUUGAAGGUUUUUUUAUGAAGGUAACUACGCUUAACGCUUGCUAUUGUUUAGGUAUCUUGCUUUUUCUUUUAAAAGUAAAACAAAUGGGCUGUUAUCGAUUUUAUUUUCUCAUUGAGGUUUAGCGUUAUUAAAAUCAGUUAUAUCUCUGCAUUAAUUGAGAUUAUCUUAACUCAAUUCACAUCGCUCGUCAUGAUGUACAGCAGAAAAGCUAGGGUUUUGUAAUGCUGUUUCUUCUGAGCUUUGAUUUUUAGGGUGUUGAGGAGUGCCAUAAGUUAUCAUUUUCGAAUCUUUUGUUGACAAUUAAUAUGAUUUUACAUGACCAGCUUGCUUGGAAGGUUUCCUUUUAGAUGCUCUCUUGAAGUUUCACUCCUGUUCUAGAUGGAACAAAAAUUGUCAGUCCGUUAUAGAGUUCUCUUUGUUUGGUGGUUUUGCAUGUAAAACGCCAUGACGCUUGAGGAUUUUUUUACCCUGGCUGAGAUGAAAGAUGGACUCACGGUCCCUUCACGAGUUGAGGAGCUAGUAUCUGUAAUGAAAAAAGAGAAAGAAUCUGUUGUGAAAAAUGUUGGUGAUGCAACCAGACAGUGGACUGCCGUUGCAAGCACAAUUGCGGCCACUGAGAAUAAAGAUUGUCUUGAUCUUUUUCUUCAGCUAGAUGGACUCUGGUUUAUAGGCAGAUGGCUAAAGGAUGCUCAAGAAUUUGGUAAUGACUCCAGUGAUAGUUUUGUGGAAGAAUCAAUUACUGCACUCUUACGAGCACUUGAAAAGUUGCAUAGAGAUAAGGAAAGGUCAAUUUCUUCAGAGAUUUGGAUUACAGUCAAGAAUCUUCUGAACCACAAUAGCUCUCGAGUUCAGGACAGUGCUAGGUUGCUCUUUGAUAAGUGGAAACGAGGUACAGUUACUGAUCAUGUCGAUAGUGGUGGACAUGAGUAUGAGAUUUCAGACGCUGCUACUGUUACCGGAGAAAAUAAUGGGCCAGAUUCUGCCAAAGACAGUCCUGUUUCAAGAGGAAGUGCCCAUGGAGAAAAAGAUGGAGCAGAUGCUGCUAAAAGUGAAAACCUUCCUUCAAGCCUAGAUGGUGUUCAACCAGAAAGUACUAAAGAUUUACACGUUGAAACUACUAAUGAUGAGCUCAAGUCCCACAUAAACUCAGACUAUUCAGACACGGAAAACAGAUCUGAGAGUCAUAUGGCCUCCUCUUCUGUGUUAAAUCCUGUUCAUGAAAAUUUGCCUGUGAAAGAACUACAAACAAAAACUGUGGAAGAAACUGCUUCCCAUGAGGCCUGCAGUUUAGCAGAUUCAAAGCAAGAAAAUAUUGAAGCUUCAGAUGCUAUGACAGUUUCAAACUCUAGUACUGUGGAACAUGCUCUAGUUUCGUCUAAUGCUGGUGUUGGAACUUCUCUGGAGGUUACAACAGGACCCAGUUUCCAUACUGAUACUGAAUCCGAUAGGUUUCAUGUCCUGAAUUCUGUUGAUCUUACUAAUGAGAGGAUGCAUGCAUCUGAGCCAAAGAAGGCAAUGUCUGAUGUGGCUGUUAUGAAUCAUUCCAGCAAUGGCUCAGAGCUAUUCAAGAUUGCUGGUAAAGACAGCGAGUCACAUUUGAGCACGUCACGGAGCUCCUCUGACAAUGAGCUCUUGUAUGAAAAGCCUGGGGAUCUGGAAACUACAUUUUCGAGAAUGGCAGCCAUUGGAACAGCAGAUGAAGAUAAGGAGAAUUGUGAACUUGAGGAUUUGAGAGGUGGUUCCAGGUUUACCAGUAGUCAUGGUGUGACCGAUACAACAUCUGAUAUUGAUCUAGAGUAUGGCAUAGUUGAUGCUCUAGAAGUUGCCCGAAAAGUUGCUCAAGAAGUGGAGCGAGAAGUCAUAGAUGACAGAGAACCUUCCAGCAGCUCUUCAGAGAAGAUUUCAGAAGGUGGUAUCAGGCAACCCAGUACCCCAGAAUCCAUAAAUAGAAAACAAGACCUACCCACCGAGGUCUUGCCAAAGGAGGUGUCAACCGGACCCAUUCGGUCUGCUGGAGCGCAUCCUGAGGAGGAGGGGCUCCUUAUUAAUUCAGAUGAUGCAGAUAAUGAACCAGAAAAUCACUCGCGUGACAUGGAAUCCUCUCAGGUGACCAUGGCUCAAGAUCCUGAGCCAAACACAGAGAAAAGUCUAUGUGAUUUUGAUCUGAACCAAGAAGUCUGUUCUGAUGAUACGGAACAUGCAGUGACUUCCAUCUCCACUCCCAUUUCAGUGGUUUCUGCUUUUAGGGCAGCAGCAGUGCGUGGCAUACCUGCAGCUCCUUUGCAGUUCGAGGGGACUCUUGGAUGGAAAGGAUCUGCUGCCACAAGUGCUUUUCGCCGAGCAUCACCUCGCCGUAACUCUGAUGGUGAUAAGAGACUAUCCCUUGGAGGGACAGGCAGUAGCUCAAAACGGAGGUUGGAUUGCCUUGAUUUUGAUCUCAAUGUUGCUGAGGCUGGUGAUGAAAAAGGUGCUGAACUAAUGUCCGGGAAACAGGUUACAGCCUCAUCAGGCCUCUAUUCUGCAGAAUCUUCACUGAAAGCUAGUCAGAGAAAAUCCGAGAGACUUGAGCUGGAUUUAAAUUGUGUCAGUGAUGAUGGUGACGGUCCAGUACUAGAUUCAAGAGUCAAGGAACCACUCUUUUAUGACAGGAAUGGGCAUCGCAGCCAAUCACCUGCUUCGUCAUCAUCAUCAAUGCAGCCUUCUCUGAGGAACUUUGAUUUGAAUGACAGGCCAUGCAGUCACAAUAAUGCUUUAGAACAAGGGCCAUUUCCUGGUAGAUCUUCAAUUGCUCAUGGAGGGCCUAAACUAAAUGAUCCUGUUAUUUCUAUCAUGGGUACUAAAGUGGAAGUCAAUAGGAAGGACGUUGUUUCUCAGGUUGUGUCCUUUCCAAAUGGCAAGGUUCUUGGGCCUGCAACUGAUGGGAGCAUCACAAGAAGUGCAGGGUUUAUGGGGUUGGUUCCCACUGCCUCGUAUACACAUUCUCCUGCCUUAAGCUCUAAUUUACUGCCAAUGGCGCCAAAUAUGCCAUUCCCUUCUGCCAUUUAUGGGGCUAGUGGCUCAAUCCCCUUUAUUGUUGAUUCAGGUGCACCUGUUGUGCCUCAAAUUAUGGGCUCUACAUCAGCGGUUCCAAUAGCUUACUCUCAGGCACAAUUCAUUAUGAACAUGAGCAAUGCAGCUGCUGGUUUAAAUGGUUCAGGCCCCUCACGGCCUAAUUUUGAUCUGAAUUCCAGAUUAGCAAUUGAGGGAGGAAAUACAGAUCCCAUGGGUUUAAGGCAGCCAUUCAUGCCUGGUCAUGGUAGGUCAAUAGAAGAACAUUUGAGGGCAAACACACAAGCCUCCUCUAGUUCCGGGGUUGGGGUAAAAAGGAAGGAACCAGAUGGUGGAUGGGAACCAUACGCAUUUAACUACAGACAGCAGCAUUUUCCAUGGAAACACAGGAAAAUCAAAUGAGCCCAUUGGAUUUCGUGGGAGUGGAGUUGAACGGAAUAAAAGCCGGGAAAUUAGAAAUGUAAUAUGAUUCAUGAGAUUUGAUUGCCAAAGGGAGGGAAUUAGAUUUUAAUUCGUUUUAGUUUAUUGUUUUCCUUUUCUGCAUUCCAUAGAAGGCUUGGUACAUGUAGGUGUAACUUAUUUUCCUUUUAUGUCACAGAAAGAUAAAAAAGAAACUGAGCUUUUCUUACCAUUUAUUUUCUUUUUGGCAAGAACAAUUUUGGUUAUUGAACAUCACUAAUUUACAGCUAGAAAA